CUGUUAGUGCUGGAUAAGUGAAAUGGGAUGGGACUACUAAUGCAGAAGAAGGUAUCUGUAGCCGUCUUUUGACUCGUACUCGUACUGGUUCUUGGCUGUUCUAUCUUUAGCUGGAUGGUACCCAGAAAAAGAGGCUACAAUUCUGGCGUCUUACUCAUCGUAAGUUUAAUAGCUGAAGUUUCUCUAUUCUCCCCGGCGGUAGAAAUUGACACCGAAGCGUUGUCGAGAGAUAUACUAGUAAAAAGUCGCCUCUGGCAACUCUCCAACGAAACGGGAGGGGGCAAAGAAAGACGACACGAGUCAUCAUCUCUGGGAAACCCGGCACCGCGACGACCGGACUUUUUGCGCAGAAGCAAGCAGGCAGGCAAAAUAAAUUGUGGUGCCCUUUUAGGGUUGGGAUUUCCCAUGGUUGGUUUCUUGGCUUGGCCGAUUGAACCCCGUGCAUUAUUCCCGGCCGCCCACGCCGAUUCCGUCCACCCCACACGGACUUUUUUUUAUUUUUAUUUUGUGUUGGUUCCUCUUGGCUAUUCUUCCACUUGAGCUAUUAGUCGCUGGUCCUUUGUUCCUUUGGCAUGCCGUCUUUUCCAUGGCAGGGCUAGCGAAUGACCAGGCUGUGCAUGACGGGCUACGGUGCCG